AUGGAAGGUUUACGACGUGCUGCCCAGCACUCGAGCAAAGAGUCACCAAUCUUUGUGACCUCCUCACUUCGAUCGAACAUCAAUCUCAGCAAUGAACUAUCUGCAAUGCUUGACCAGCAUCACAAUGAAACUGUGAUCAACGACCUGGAACUCAAUGAGUGCUCCUCACCUGUCACCAUCCUAUCCCGAGUCCUCGCCCCGAAAUCCUAUUCGAGUACGGCCUCUUCUUUUGCCCUCUUCCAACAGACCCAACAACCUCUCCCCUUUGUGGAGUAUCGCGUCAUCGGUUUUGGCCAGUGUGGGCUCAUUUUUGAAAAGCCUGGACAAGGAUACGUUCUGAAAGUGGCGAAACGUUCAUACGAGGACGCUCUAUGGGCCGACUUGAAGGCACAUUUACGUGUGCAAGAGGCUUUCGAUAACCCCCAAAACAACCGCAUCGAAUGCCGCGUUCCGCGACUCUACUCUUAUGUCCCCAAGGGUAACAACGUGUGGUGGGAACGCAACAUGAAUCUUUUCCCGCCUGUCCACGACUCCAUUACCCUACCCGCCAUGACUUUGGUUUCGGAACGGAUCCUCCCCAUCCCCAAAAUUGCGCGAGAGGCUUUGAUCAGCAAAUAUUGUUCAGCGGAAUCGCGUGCAUUUGUCGCUGCCAACCCUACAGACCGUGACUGUUUGGCUCGCGUGUAUUUGGGUCGUCGUCGUGUCACAACAACCCCUCCCCCGAACUUCACACUUCGGAAUUUUAACCUUCAUCUCGACCAGAUGAUAGAUCUCAAGUAUCCUGUGCACAGCCUGGCUGCAGCCAUAGGCGAAGCGUUGGCCAUCAUUCAUUGGUCCGCCAACGUAGAUGCGUACGAUAUAGAGUUCGUUCUUGGGAGUGAAGGGGAUAGAAAGUACGGACAAGAUGUCCUUGCGUCUCUUACAAUGAGUUCAGACGAUGUGGCCGCUAUGGCACCCCACACUGAUAUCGAAUCGCUUCUGACCGUGAAUUUCAUGCGCCGCACCACGCGGUUGUGGGUCUUGGACUUCAAUCUUUGCAAUGGUUGGGAUGAAGCCGCGGCAAUAGACAAUCCAGAUGCCCUUGUCGCUCACCUUGUUGAAUCAUUCUUCGAGAAUGAUCCAUACUAUCCUUUGCCGCUAACGGAUGAUGCUCUGGAACAGAAGUUAUGGGAUGUUUUUCGUUCGAGUUACAUUGAAAAGGCCAGUCAAGUCCUCGACAGAAAGGACGGUCGGUUAGCUGGUCUUCCACGCAACUUCAUCAACGGGUGUAUCCGGCGGGAGAAGGAGAGUCUCGAGAAGGGACUCGGUCACGGACACCGCGAAGCGAAGCAGUGA